AUGGGCCACUCGGCGGGCGGGAUGCUGCAGAAGGCGCCGUGGCACCAGUUCUUCUCGAACCACCCCAGGAAGCUGGCGCUGCGCUCGCGGCUGCUGCUGCUGCUGGACUGCGCCAUUUUGGGGCUAAUAUGUGCCUCUUUGACGGGUCCUUGGUACCGGCAGGACUGGAGAGUGGCCAAUGGCGAGAUUCUUUCGUGGACUCUGCACCUGAGCAGGGCCAAGUUCAGCGUGGACUGCUCUUCAGACUCUCCGGAGUUUCUGGAACUCUGCCAAAUCCUGUACGGCCGCAUGGCCGGGGACUUGCGGGCAGUCACGCGUUCAAUUUGCAGCGCCGGGCGCAAAGUGCAGGACACAGACCUGCAGGCUUUGCUGCAGGAAACCUGCAGCGACAUGAAGCUCAUAGAGAAGCUCUCCGUGGCCUCUGGGAUUUUGGUGGGGUUGUGUUUAUGUUUUUCGGCCUUUAGUGUUAUUUCUUUUUUGCUGCACUGGGGCUCGGGCUUUCGCAACCGCAGGGCGUGGCGGGCCAGCUUUGGCUGCCGGCUGCUGGCCUGGCUGGCCGCAGCCUUUGCCUGCAUUUCCUACAGCGCAGCAGUCCUCAACGUUGAAGAUCUUUUUCACUUCCAGCCCCCCCUAAAUGUGGCUUUUGACCCUGCCCACGUAGAGCCUGUUUCCCACGAGUUGCUCUACGGAUUCAUCUUAGCCAUUUUCACCGCUGCCUUCACCACGCUUUACCUCCCUUUUUGGUGGAAAGCUGCGCCUUACGACCCAGACCCUUACUUUUUAGAGCCCGCAGCAAUGCGUCGAGGCUUUGUUUGA